ACGUCAUCAGCCUUCAUACAUUUAGCUUUAGCUCAAAUUAGCUCGGCGGUCGCGAACCGAGUUGUUCCACCCCCCCUCUUCCAGCGGCUCGCCGGCGUUGGCGGUGUUUAUCGACGGUUGUGCUGCCGGGUGCGGGACCGAGCGAGCGAGCCAUGUUGGUGAAAGCUUCCCUCCGGUGCAGAGACCUGCUGAAGGGAGAACCGACCGUGUGAAAUGCUGGCUAGCGGGGAUCAGAGCUAGCUAGGGGCCCGAGAAGCGAAAGUGGCUAACACCGACGAGCGCUAAGCCCAUCACAACAAGCCCGGGCACUUAAAACACACCCGAGCCCUUAAGCCCCGAGGAGCAGCAGCGAGCAGCAGCCAACGGCGGAGGAACUCCCAUUUUUUUUUAAAUAUACAAAAGUAGCAGUGGGUCACUCAAGGUCAGAGCCAUGGGUGCGUUUCUGGACAAACCCAAGACGGAGAAGCACAACUUGCACGGUGAGGGCAAUGGCCUACGCUAUGGCCUGAGCUCCAUGCAGGGCUGGCGGGUGGAGAUGGAAGACGCUCAUACAGCUGUGGUGGGACUCCCUACUACGGGUCUGAGUGACUGGUCGUUUUUUGCGGUGUACGAUGGUCAUGCUGGCUCCAGGGUUGCCAACUAUUGCUCCAAGCAUCUCCUGGAACACAUUUUGAGUUCCAGCUUAGGGGCCAGGGGGACACAAGGCUCCCAGGCUGGUUCAGACAGUUCCAGCGGUGACACUCCAUCACCAGUUCCUCCUACAGUGGAGGCUGUAAAAGUCGGGAUCCGGACAGGGUUUCUGAGGAUUGACGAGCACAUGCGCAGCUUCUCAGACCUUCGCAACGGCAUGGACCGUAGUGGCUCCACAGCAGUGGGAGUCCUCCUGUCACCUGAGCAUUUUUUCUUCAUUAACUGUGGUGAUUCUCGAGCUGUUCUCUACCGCAAUUCACAGGUGUGCUUCUCCACACUUGACCACAAGCCUUGCAACCCACGUGAGAGAGAGCGCAUCCAGAAUGCUGGCGGCUCCGUGAUGAUUCAGAGGGUUAAUGGGUCGCUGGCUGUCUCGAGAGCUUUGGGGGACUACGAUUACAAGUGUGUGGAUGGGAAGGGCCCCACAGAGCAGCUGGUCAGCCCCGAACCAGAGGUGUACGAGAUGAUUCGGGCCACAGAGCAGGAUCAGUUUGUCGUCCUGGCGUGCGAUGGGAUCUGGGAUGUCAUGACCAACGAAGAGCUGUGCGACUUUGUGAAAUCCAGGCUCGAGGUAUCCGAUGACCUGGAACGAGUCUGCAAUGAAGUGGUGGAUACCUGCCUGCACAAGGGGAGUCGGGAUAACAUGAGUGUUGUGUUAGUGUGUUUGCCCAACGCUCCCAAAGUGUCGGAGGAAGCUGUGAGGAAAGACGCUGAGCUCAACAAAUAUCUGGAGUCAAGAGUGGAAGAGAUGUUGUCUCGGCCGGCGGAGGAUGGGUUUCCAGACCUCGUAACAGUGAUGAGGAACUUGUCCACUGACAGCGGCAUGCCCCCUCUUCCACCAGGGGGAGGCCUUGCUAGCAAACGCAGUGUUAUUGAAGCAGUAUACAACCGUCUGAACCCGUACAGGGAGGAAGAUGGGAGCGGCGCUGACUUGGAGUGUCACUGGUAGCUGUCCAACACAACUGCCUGAUCCAACAAAACAGGACCACUAUUCCACACGCGAUCACAUCCAUUGUCACCUUUUUAAUUUCCUCUGGGAUUUUGUAAUUUAUUGUUUUUUUGCCCCCCCCCCCCUCCAAACUGAGAUCAAGCAACGCCGAAAUUCGGGUUUUAAAAAUACCCCCCCCCCCGACGUGGAGGACUGCAAAAACAGAUUUGGUUCUUUUCAUAGAACAAAAUAUUGAAAAAAAAAAAAGAACAACUGCAUCAAUCGCCUGAAAAGAGAACGGUGUAUAUGGUAUAUACAUCACAGGAGAGGCAAACAAGCACAGUUUUUCUUGCCCCUCGUCUGCUUGCUUUUUUUUUUUUAGUGGUUGUUUUUGUUGUGGAUUGCCGGAGACACAGGAGCAGCCCUGCUCUGAACGCUUUGGGGCUACAUGGUGCCUUGCUCAGAACCGAGAGAGAGGGAGGACUUCACAACAGCCAGCCAUGACCAAACCUGCAGCUCAUGGACGAUUUCCACAUUCUGAUUGGCAGCGUUUCUUCUUCUUUUUUUUUUUGGCAUUAUUUGUUUUGAAGUGUGAACUCUACUUGCACCUGACUGGUAGCCAAUCGACCACACAAGCCUGUGAGUCCCACACACAUAGUUCAGGCAAGUUUGCUCUGUGGACAUUUACUAGUAUCCGACCAGGGCCCAACCCUUCACCUGCCCAGGCACACGGCUUGCUGGAGAAUGAUUCACAGAACUAUGAGGUUUCAAACUCUCUAAGUCCACACUAUCCAAAGACUUCUGGUUUAGAAGCCUCAAAUUCAGCUGCCAAGAGGUUCAUCUCCGAGGGGAACGCUCAGGAGACAAAUCUGUGAGGCAACUUAUUUCAGUUUUCAUCCUUCCAUGCUGUCCAAGCUAAAACAGUACACAGGUGUGUUGGUGUGCCAGGCUACACAUAGGAAGUAUAUAGACGUACAGUGACUCAAAUUUGAUGAUUUUUCUUGCACGUUCCUUCUCACUCUCUCUCCUCUUCGUCACUUAAAGGAUGCUAUCUAACACUUUUUCUUUUUUGUUUUACUUUUCUCUCCGUCUCUCUUCUCAUGUUUCUGUUUCUUCAUAUUGUCCGAAGACACUCGGCUGUCACUUGCAUCGGCUGACAAGGUCGGAAUCAUAAGCUUUUGAGCCUGCUGUUGUUUAAGAGAAAGAUGGAAAUUAUAUAUUAAAUUCAUAUAUAUAUACAUAUAGAUAUAUAUUUUUAUUUGUUUGUUUUCGUUUUAAUUCCCAGCCAUGGUAUUCGUUGUGGCCUUGUGUGUGUCUGUGUGUCUCUCUGUAGCUGUUUUCAGACAUGCACUGGACUCCACUAAGGUGUCCGAGUGAUACAUCUGCAAACUCGGCAAACUUUAACCAGCUGGUCUUCUACUGGAUUUCUACAUGUCUGUAGAAAACCAGUAGAAGACGAUGCAGGAGUUCCCGCGCUGGAUUCAUCGCGAGCAAGUGUGUGUGUGUGGGGGGGUUAAUAACACUAAUAACACACAACAGUAUCCGUAGGUCAUGUCUGAAAACGGCUUGUGUGUGUCUGAGUGUGAGAAUGAGACCCAUGUGUGAGUGUAUGUGCAGAUUUGUUUGUGUGUGUGUAGACAAAUGAAAACAUAGUCCAAGUUGCACACACAGAGUUCCCACGCAGCAGUGUUCCAAAGACAGGGUCCGGGGUAAAGGGAUUCCAGCCUCACCCUUUUCUUCCCCCUCUCUCAACAUCCUGUAUCUACAUAGAGUCCUGCUUGUGCUACAACUUGUCUUUUCUAUCUCUCCUGUGUUUAAAAAAAUUGCCUUUUUUGUUUUGAUUGGAAAAAAACUCCAUCAAGGAUCCUUUUUUUUGUAAUGUUUUUUUUGGUGUGUAUAUAUAGUUUUUCAAAGUACUGUGGCUGUGGUCCUACUACAGAUGGAUAAGGAAACGCCAAUGGUGGGGGGGCGCUUAAAGUCGAACUUGUGCACCAGAGUGGGAGCGAGAAGAAGGUUUCUGGUGUUUCACUGUAUGUAAGCGAGAGAGACUCUGGGACAGAAUGAGCCCUACACCCGUAGCUGGGAUCGCAAUUUUCCUCCAAUGUUUCCUUCAUAGACGUCGCCUCAAAGGCACAUGAUGGUUGCUGGGAAAACCCCCUGGUUUGACUCUCUGGAUUGACCAGCAGUCCGUUUCAUUUCUGUCGAUCUAAGCACUAAAAGAAAAUAAAUCACUGAAACCUCUGAAAUACUGUCAGAAAUAAACCUUUUCUUUUCAGUAUUUUGUGGAAACAAACGUGUUGCAGAGAAAACACGGACACACUCUGAGUGUGUAUUCUUUCCUGUAGGUGAAUUUAAAAUAGAAUUAUAAGUAUACACACAAUUGUAAUAUACACUUUUUGUUCCUCAAUCAUUCGAUGGCAAAUUCAUUGUGCUUUUUGAAGUGGCAGUAUUGAAAGAGAAUAGGCCGUAAAGAGUUUGCUGGGUGGUUAAUGUUCUUGUGGUACACUUGCUCUCGGUGCCAUACGACAAAUAGGUACUUGAAUGUGUUGUUCAUUUUGCAGUUGCGCUGUUUUAAUGGGAUGAUUGAUUUUUUUUUUCUUUGUUUGUGGUGGAGGGAGUGGGAGGGGUGGGAUCUCUUUAAUUGUGCAUGUUUUGUGAUUGAGGGAAGGAGUGUAUUUUGUGUGUUAGUGGGCGGGUGGGGACAAUGCGGGGAUGUUGAGUGUGGUGGAGCACAAUGUCUGAGAGGAAAGGUGACGGUGAAAGUACAAGCUGGAGGAAAAUGGAACCAAAAGCAGCAGAUUUCUCUAUUGAAUUAGACUGAAAUCCAGCCGAGCAAUUCAAAACUGUUAAUAUUUCAAUGCAUCUAAUUUUACCACUGAGUGUUAGGGCCACUCAAAAGGGAAAAAAAUACAUAUUUGAAGAAGAAAGACCCAAAUUACAAGAAUUUAAAGCUAUGUGUAGCUAAAUACCCCAACUUUGAAAAGAUUGUGGACGAAAUUGAGUUUAUUCCGACUUCAAUCACAAGUUCAUUAUCGUAACAUUACGAGUUUAUUCUCGCAAUAGACUAAACUCCUAAUAUUACAACUUAAUUAUGCAGUAUUUCAUAUUUCUUCUCAAUUAUGACUUAAUUCUUAUAAUGUUAUGGCUCUAUCCUUUUAAUAUUAUUACUUUACUCUUGUAAUAUUACAAUGUAUUGCAAUAUUAUAACUUCAGUCCCGUUAUAAUGUCUUUCUUUUUCAAAUUAAUAUUCCCUUACACAUGGCCCUAACCGUCAUGGGAUUUAAUAUUGUCUUUGAAACUAAAUUAAAAUCCCAGUCUAAACGCUUUCUUUCCCAACCUGUAUUUCCUGACUUCAACAUUGUGUUAAGUUUCCACCACACUGAGCACGGCCCUCACUUUAGGUUUAUGUUUAAGCUGUAUCAGACACUGGGCUAGAGGAGAGGAGAGAAGGAGGGAGAAACAUUUUUAUUUUUCUGAAUGUAAUUUUUUUCAUUAGUCACACUGAUCCCACUGCAUGGACUGAACACAAGCAGCCUCGCAGCAUCAUGCUCUCUCCUCGUCAUCAUGUUAAGUCAGAACAAGGUCUCUUCUGUUCAAAAAGCAAAGUGAAAAAAGAGAGUAAACAAACAAAAAAACACAUUAUUUUGUUCCACAAUCACAACAAUGAUCAAGACUCAGACGGGAGAACGUCUCAGUGUUUUUUCAGAGGAGACUUUGGAGGUUUGGAGAAUUAUUUGCUCUGAUUCAGGAUAUUUAGAGGAAAGUUUUACGAAGCACAAGCUGGGUUGAUGUGAUGAGAGCCACGGAAGGGAGGAUUUCUAAUCUGCUGUGAAACGACAUUAGGCAGACGUGACAUCACGUGACGUUCCUCAGGUGGGUUUGUUUGGAUGAAGAUGAACCUAUAGUCCUCCUCGCCACCUCCUUCUGUCGUCUUUGGUCACUCUUUAUAACUACACUGUCAGAGGUGAUUGAAACGUAUGACGGCUCUGAUGAUUUCCACACUCGUUUUAUUUAUUCCAAUGCUUUCUAGCUCUAAUGAAUAUGCUGUAUUCUGGAGACAGAAUGAGAUAAGUGAUGAUUGGCUGGCGUGUGAUUGAGAGUGAUGUAUGACCCACUCACCUUCACCUUUGACCUUUGAUAAGAUUCAAACAAGGUGAGGUUUAUGAGACACCCGGGGCUUUCACCAUCCCUUCUUCCUGUAUUAAUUUCCCAGUAUGCUAUUGUGACGUUACAGACCAUACAGUAAACAUAAAUGUCAAUAAAGAUGGAUUUAACUUUAA